AUGGCGAGAAGGGGGGAUGAAGGCUGCUGCGCGGUCCUGCGUCUGAAUGAAGACAACGCUCGCUUCGGCCUGCUGGCGAUGCUCAUCCUGCUGUACCUACUGUGCGGGGCGCUUGUCUUCUCUGCCAUUGAGCAACCGACAGAGCUGAAGGCAAAGAAACUGUGGACCCAGCGUCUGCGCAACUUCACAGAAAUGCACAGCAUCAGCGGGGAGGACCUGAAGGCCUUUCUCAGGACCUACGAAGAGGCCAAUGUGUAUGGGAUCCAUGUUGACAAGCUCAGACCACGCUGGGAUUUCCCUGGGGCUUUCUACUUUGUGGGCACAGUGGUGUCCACUAUAGGUUUUGGCAUGACGACUCCGGCCACCAUUGGGGGAAAGAUCUUUCUGAUCUUCUACGGGCUGAUCGGCUGCGCGGCCACCAUCCUCUUCUUCAACCUCUUCCUGGAGCGCAUCAUCACCAUGCUGGCCUACAUCAUGAGGUGGUUUCACGAGAGGCAGCUGAGAUGCACGGGGGUCCUCAUGCCCUCGGACCACCGGUGCGGCUCGGGCACGUCAGGGGGAGAGUCGGACAGUCUGGAGGGCUGGAAGCCCUCUGUCUACUAUGUCAUGCUGAUUCUGGGAGUGGCUGCCUUGUUGAUAGCCUGCUGUGCCUCUGCCAUGUACACUGUCAUGGAGGAAUGGGGCUACUUUGAAUCGCUCUACUUCUGCUUUGUAGCAUUCAGUACCAUUGGCUUUGGGGACCUAGUCAGCGGGCAGAAGGAGUACUAUGUGAAUCAGGGAGCCUACCGCUUCGGCAACUGCCUGUUCAUUCUAAUGGGUGUCUGUUGCAUCUACUCCCUCUUUAAUGUGAUUUCCAUUAUCAUCAAGCAGACCUUGAACUGGAUCUUGAAAAAGCUGGACUGCCGUUGUUGCCGUCGCUGUACGCGGAAGCACCUGCGGCACCGCAACGCGGUGAAUCCGGCGCACAUCAACAGCCGGCGGAAUGACGUCUCCGUGGAUACCGUCUGCGACAGUGAGACAGACGGUCGCCGCAUGUCUGGAGAGAUGAUAUCUGCCAAGGACUUUCUAGCAUCCAAUAAGGUCUCCCUGGCUAUCAUGCAGAAGCAGCUGUAUGAGACGGCCAAUGGUGGCCCUCGGCAGAGUUACGUGCGGCACAACGGCUUCUCCGGGGGAAUUGGAGCCCUGGCAGUCAUGAAUAACAGGCUGGCCGAGACCAGUGUGGAUAGAUAAGCCUGGAGAUAUGUGAAAAAUCAUAGGAUAACAAACAAAGGUUAUUUUAAAAGUUCAGGAAGGUAGGUGAAAGAAAACCUGCCAUGGAAACAGCCUGCCAUGGAAACAGAGUAACAGCCUCCACAGUGGAUUGUUCAAAGACCUUGGCUGUCAUGAAUAGCCAACUGUAAGGGACUAGUGUGAAUAGACAAGCUUAAAGACAAGGACUGAGAGAUAAGAGUUAAUGACUUCUGGGAAAGUCCAUGAAGACAGAAAGUCUGCCAAGAUAUCCAAGAAUAUUCAAGAGUAGCGCAGUUAAGACAUUAGAAAAUGUACGAAUGAGAAGAGACCAUUCGGGCCAUCAGUACAGCUGGUUGAUCUCAAAGCUUUGUCAAGUCUUGAAGGACACCAGUGAUUCAGUAUUAACAACAAAGUCAGGCAACCCAAGGAUAGAUAACCCAUAAGAUUAGAAAAGGAUUGAUGGAUAACUGCCAAGGAUUCAAACACUAUACAAACUCAAGGCUGUCAUUUGAAGAACUGUAAUUGAUGCACAAAAUUGCCAGCGCAAUUUUCUCUCUGUCUCUCUUGGUUUGCAUUAAGAGAAAAUAGCUUUCAUUUAUUUUUCUUGCACAGAGAUCCUGCUAUGGUAGCACAGAAGUACUGAUAGAGUACCAUGGUACUACAGUGGAUUACAUAUGGAAAUGUUACCACUGUACCAUGCUACCAGUGGUAUACACUUCCACCUGCCCUAGUGCUACCUCUGCCUGUAAUACAGAACCAUUGCAGUUGUGGUGCCCUGCAUUGGCAUUGGAGUCCGUUGGGUAAGGAGUCUGAUUUCAGGAGCUUUGAGUCCACUUGUGUUCAGACAUAACGGCCUUCCUUUCAUGUAGAGUUGCCAUCCAGAUCAGUGAGAGUCAAAGCCAUCUUGCCCUCCUGUCUUUCUGAAUAUGUAUUUUGUGCUGAACCACUAUUGCAAUGAUAUAGAAGAGGAUCAAAUGCAAUUAGAAGCUAUUGACUCUUUAAUAUAUCCACUCUUCAAAAUGUGUACAGGAUUUAUUAUUUAAAUAUGGUUGUACUAAUACAAAGGUAUCUUGUAGGAUACAGCUCCUGGACUUUGAGAAUUCCCAAGACAGACAGUGCCAAGCUAUGGUCAAGGCCAAGGAAAGACUUUGCAGGACUCAAUGAUUUCAAACAGUAUUUUGAACAGUGAAAGCCAUUGAAGCAUGAGACAACUUUUCAAGGAACUAUGGUUCAUUCAUAACAAAAAAAUACUCAAUUAGUAGAAAUGUUUUAGGUUACAUGUAUUUUUUAGAAUUGGGUUGGGGAUGCAAUACACAAUAGAAAAAAUAUUAACAGGAACUCUUCAGCUGCAUGUUGAUGGUAAAUCAUGGGGAAAAUGUGCUUCAAUAUUCAUAGCCAACACUGUAGCUUUAAGGAUGAGAUUAUGGAAUCCUGAGUCGCCUUAAGGUUGCUAGGAGACGGAAUGCCAAUGGUUCUCUACCCUGAUUACUGCUUUUGUGGAAGGAUUGUCUUUAUGACAGACACAGCUUCUGCAAGGCAAACUUGAAUUGAGAUACGUAUCUACCUGCAUACUCUUUCUCACCGCACUAUUUCUUAAGAAGCAAACAACUGCAUUGGGCUAAAAAAAAAAAAAAAAAGAGUUGCUUAUUUUUUAGUGUUUCCAACUGAAGCACUGUCUUCCCAACAGCAAUAAAAUGAUAAAGCACAUGUUUGUGUUUGACUGUCACUGUUAUUAAAUAUCUUUUAACUCUGCAAACACAUAUGUUUUGCCAAGUUAAACAUAACUUUUUUUAGAACUGUAUAGUAAAGUGAAUGGAACUGUAUAACUGUAUAAAAAAAAAAAACUUGAAAAGCCUUGGUUACUGAGUUCAUGAUAGAGCUUGUAUUUUUCUGUUUAUCUGAUAUAUUUAAUAUAUUAUGAGCUUCCUCAUGAGGGUAAAUUGCAUUGAGCUGGGGAUAUUUUUUUAAGGAUGUCAUGAACUAUUUUUAUCAAAAUAUGUGCAGAUUAUGUUUUGGAUCUUCAAAAAAUCAUUUUACCAAGCUGUAAGAA